AUGAAUUCUUACGAAUCUUCAAUACGACCAAGUUCUGAUGAACAACUUCAAGAACAACCACUCAAUUUUUCGACUAAUUCCACUAAUGACACCACAAUAUCAGCAGCAACAAAACUUUGGAAAGAUUCUGAUCAAACUGAGAAACACAAUUUUGAUGGCCAGUAUAACGCUGCAACUUCCGGUAUAAGCACAACUUCAAUUCCGGUUCCAACUCCAAGAUCCCUGUUUACCUAUCAACCUCCAAUAUUUAUGACGCCAGGAUUUUUACCAUCAUCUUAUAUGUCCUCAUUUGCUGCGGCUGCGAUGUCAGCAGCGAUGAAUGCCGCAGUACAUCGCCUACCACAUCAAUUAUCACCAAUGAACAGUGCAGCAGAAGUAGAUCAAGCAACGAUUUCAGUAAAUUCGUUCUGUUCGAUGAACACAGAACAGAAUCCGGCACCAACAUCACCGGCGCUUUCCUGUGCUGUUUGCGGUGAUGUAUCCAGUGGAAAACAUUACGGAAUUCUAGCAUGUAACGGUUGUAGUGGUUUCUUCAAACGGAGUGUACGACGUCGGUUAAUUUAUCGAUGUCAGGCUGGUACUGGUUCAUGCGUCGUUGAUAAAGCACAUCGUAAUCAAUGUCAGGCUUGCAGACUUAAAAAAUGUCUCAGUAAAGGAAUGAACAAAGACGCUGUACAGAAUGAGCGACAACCGCGCAAUACAGCUACUGUACGUUUGCAGAAUGAAUCGGAUUUUUCAACGUCUUCAGGUUUUUACAAUACGGUAACCACGGCACUUUGUAUGAAUGGAGAAAUACCAGAUUCCACAUCCGGUGCACAGAUAACAAAAGGCUCUUCACCAAUUAGUGAUUCGGGUAAACAGGACUCUUCGGAGAUAUUUGGUAGCGAGAAAAUCGAAGAAAUUCGACGAGGUGUUGAAAAUGAAAAUGUGCAGGAGGCUUCAACAAGACUUUUGUUUUUGGCUAUUAAAUGGGCAAAAAAUCUUCCAUCAUUUGCAUCACUGCCAUUUCGUGAUCAAUUAAAAUUGCUGGAAGAAAAUUGGUGCGAUCUUUUCCUCCUCAGUGUAUUUCAAUGGUCACUUUCAAUGGAAAAAUGCCUUUUGUUGAACGCUUCGCAGAUUGACCCGUCCAGUUUUCGUUACUUAAACAAUUUAUUCUUUCGAAUUCGUACUUAUGGCAUUGAUCACGGCGAAUUUGCUUGCUUAAAAGCUUUAGUGUUAUUUAGGCCAGAAACAAGAGGAUUGAAGAAUUUAUCUCAAGUUGAAGAUCUACAAGAUCAGGCACAGCAAACAUUAGCCAAGCAUACAAUGAAUUCAUCACCAGCAAGAUUCGGUCGAUUACUUCUUCUGUUACCGCUUUUACGAACUAUAAGCGCCGAAAAAAUUGAGCGAAUGUUUUUUGUGGCUACGUUUGGGAACUCAUCGAUCGACAAAAUCAUUUGUAAAAUGUACAAUGGAUGA